CUCUCUCUCUGCUCCAUAUCCCCCUCUCUCUCUCUCUCUCUCAGCUGUAGAUUGUACAGCUGGCAAUUUAUAACCAAAAGGGGUGAAAGUCGUAAUUGCCUAUAGGCUGUCCUCUCCUCUCUGCCCCGUAAAACCGAACGCUUCUAUGGCAUAAAUCAAGACGAAACACUUUUAAAUGUUUUUAUUUUGAUAUAUUUUUGUCGACUUUUGAAAACAGAGGGAAUAUAAUUUAGUAGAUUUAAGUCCACCCCUGGAACUGUCUAAAACUGUUAUAAACUUUAAAGGCUGGACACUUUGUAACAGGUUUGAGAGAUGAAGACCUCAAGAUGGUGGCAGCGAUUUCCCAUCAUCAGCUUCCUGUUAGGAGUGUGGCUUCCUGCUUGGAUCAUGGCCCAGACAACGCCCCCUACCCAGGGCACCACCUCCCCCAAACCCCAGAACGACCGGCUGCAGUUUCGUCUGGUGGGGUACCCCCGGAAGCACAACGAGGGGCGCAUCGAAGUCUUCUACAAGGGAGAGUGGGGGACCAUCUGUGACGACGACUUCUCUCUGUCCAACGCCAACGUCCUCUGUCGCCAGCUGGGAUUCGUCUCCGCUACGGGUUGGACACACAGCGCCAAGUACGGCAAGGGACUAGGGAAGAUCUGGCUGGAUAAUGUUCAGUGUAACGGAGGAGAGAAGAGUAUUGAGCUGUGUAAGUCUCGAGGCUGGGGCAACAGUGACUGCACACACGAUGAGGACGCUGGAGUCAUCUGCAAGGACGAGAGGCUUCCUGGGUUUGUCGACUCCAACGUCAUCGAUGUGCAGGUGGAUGAAGACAGGGUGGAGGAGGUGCGUCUGCGCUCGGUGGUGCCCACCAAGAAGAUGCCCGUCACCGAGGGUGUGGUAGAGAUUAAGUACAAGGACGGCUGGGCCCAGAUCUGUGAUGUGGGAUGGACCCCUAAAAACACCCGGGUCAUCUGUGGUAUGCUGGGGUUCCCCCAUGAGAGGAAGGUCAACAAGAACUUCUACAAAGCCCGUCUGAGAAAGAGAGCAGCUGAGAGAGAAGCCAGAGCCAAGGUUAAUGUUUCUGCUGCUGCCAGGCUGCCACCUAAAGCUAAUGUUAAACCAAUCACCUCUGGGUUAAAGAAAAGGCUGCCACCUAAAGCUAAUGUUAAACCAAUCACCUCUGGGUUAAAGAAAAGACUGAACACAGAGCGUCAGAAGCACCAGUACCGCCUCCACUCUGUGGCAUGCGUUGGCACUGAGGUCCACCUGGCAGCCUGCCCCCUGGAGUCCAACAAGGGUAAUGCCACAGGGUCGUGUGAUGGUGGCAUGCCAGCCGUGGUCAGCUGUGUACCCGGACCCCAGUACGUACAGAACAACGGACUGAAGAAGAAGCAGCUCAAAACUACGAGCACGGUGAGGCUGAAGGGAGGUGCCAAGCUGGGUGAGGGCAGAGUGGAGGUACUGAAGAACAAUGAGUGGGGCACGGUGUGUGAUGACCGUUGGACCCUGCUGUCAGCCAGCGUGGUGUGCAGGGAGCUGGGCUUCGGAUCCGCCAAGGAGGCCCUGACUGGGGCUCGCAUGGGAGAAGGGAUGGGUCCUAUCCACAUGAAUGAGGUCCAGUGUCUGGGGACGGAGAAGUCGAUGUGGAACUGCGGUUUUAAGAACAUUACCUCGGAGGACUGCCAGCAUUUAGAAGACGCCGCUGUGAGGUGUAACACGCCGUACAUGGCUCUGGAGAAUUCGAUCCGCCUGACAGGGGGCCGUACGCGGUAUGAGGGGCGGGUGGAGGUGCUGAGCACAGAGGCUAACGGGACCGGGAGCUGGGGCCUGAUAUGUGGAGGGGCCUGGGGCACCAAGGAGGCCAUGGUGGCCUGCAGACAGCUGGGGCUAGGCUACGCUAACAACGGCCUGCAAGUGCGUAUCGUGGGAGGCAGGACGUACUAUGAGGGCCGUGUGGAGGUUCAGGUGGGGGAGCGGUGGGGCACAGUGUGCUCUGCAGGCUGGACCACUAAAGAGGCCAUGGUAGCCUGCAGACAGCUUGGCCUGGGAUACUCCAUGCAUGCCAUCACUCUGAUGUGUGGUGAGCAUUCUGGCACAAAUGAGUUGCAUCACUCAGGUGGGUGCUACACAUUGGUGGUGGAUGAGUUGGAUGAGGAAGAGGAAACAUGGUACUGGGACAGUAGUAAUGUAACAGAGAUGGUGAUGAGUGGAGUGAAGUGUACAGGGAGCGAGAUGUCUCUGAGCCACUGCCAUCAUCACAGAACCAUCAGCUGUCAGAAGACUGCUGCUAAGUUCUCUGCCGGGGUCAUAUGCUCAGAGACGGCGUCUGACCUGGUCCUGAAUGCUCCCCUGGUCCAGCAGUCCGUGUACAUUGAGGAUCGCCCGCUCCACAUGUUGUACUGCGCAGCGGAGGAGAACUGUCUGUCAAAAUCUGCUGCUAGUGCUAACUGGCCCUACGGACACCGACGCCUGCUGCGGUUCUCCUCUCAGAUCCACAACAUCGGACGGGCCGACUUCAGGCCCAAGGCUGGACGCCACUCCUGGGUCUGGCACGCCUGUCACGGCCACUACCACAGCAUGGACAUCUUCACCCACUACGACCUGCUGUCAUCCAAUGGGACCAAGGUGGCUGAAGGACACAAGGCUUCCUUCUGUCUGGAGGACACCGAGUGUCACGAGGGUAUCUCUAAGAGGUAUGAGUGUGCUAACUUCGGAGAGCAGGGCAUCACCGUGGGGUGUUGGGACCUGUAUCGCCAUGACAUCGACUGCCAGUGGAUCGACAUCACCGACAUCAAACCAGGAAACUACAUCCUACAGAUUGUGAUCAAUCCCAACUUUGAAGUGGCAGAGAGUGACUUCACCAAUAACGCCAUGAAAUGCAACUGCAAAUACGACGGCCACCGGAUCUGGCUUCACAACUGCCAUAUGGGUGAUGCCUUCAGUGAGGAGGCAGAGAGGAAGUUUGAAAAAUACCCAGGACAGCUCAACAACCAGAUCUCAUAAUCUGCCUAGCAACACACCAAUCUCAUCAGACCCCAUGUACAAACAAAAAAAGGGGGGGGGGCUGAUGCGUCUAAUCAUGUUCAACGAUGGGACAACCAAUCACCAACCCUUCAUCACCUAUCUACCUACCAGAAACCCAAUUCAUUAUCAAAUCCCAAACCAACCAACCAACCAACCAACCAACCAACCAACCAAUCACAACCAACAUCAUUAAAUCACAAGCAACAUUCUACAGGGCAGCAGUCAGCAGUGAUCUUAGACCAGGAUUCAAAUCCGAACGCAUUUUGUCGACUAAUGCACCUUUUUAAAAGGCAUUGUUUUCCCGCGUUUGCAGAGACCGCAUUCACGGUAAACGCUCCGUUAUGUUGGCUCAAAUGACCUUUAAAAUGUCCAAGCUCGCUCUACCGCUGAUCUACAGCUAGUCAGAUUGAAUCCAGGCCUUGACUGAAGGAGCCAUGUUAUAUUACCAUGUCAUACAGUGAACGUGUUGGGAAAUGCCAGUGCUAUUGUUAUUAUACUUGAAUACUUAGUGCUCUAAGAUUUUUUUUUAACAAACUUAUUUUAGAUUUUUUAUUUUUUUUGUUCAAAUGUGAGUAUAUUAUGCUACAUUAUGUCACAGAAGAACAAGUCAUAUGAUAUCAUAUCAUACUGGUCUUAGUUAAUGUUUGACUGAUUGAUGUCUGACGUGCAACCUUUUCAUUCAUGUUCUGUUAAAGUUAUGAAUUAAGUUUUAUUUUUUAUUUUGUCCAGUCUGUAGUUUUGAAAGGUGAUCCAGAGGUGUAUUCACUAGGAACCAAACAGACGCAAACGAAACAGGUGAAGGAUCUACCUACAUUUGUCCAAUACAAGCUCUUUGGUUUCGUUGCAAAAAAACGUUUUCAGUUGUUUUGCUACGCUGUGCACUAAUGAAUACACCUCAGGAGAAGAUGCUAAGUCCUAAUUCUGCUACAAGACAUCUUCAUAAUGACCUGUGGUAUCACAGGGAACCAUCCAAUGUUGUUGCAUCUCCAUGUAGUUCUCAUAGUUCACACGCGAAGAUCUGUUUAGAUACAAUAUAUUCUAAAAUCCUCAAAUUCAAAUCUGGACCUUGAAGCCAGUUCCACUGCUUUUUUCAUUCUUCCCCUUUAAUCAGGGACUGAUUUAGACCUGGGAUACCAGGUGGGUGCAAUUAAUCAUCAGAAAACCCGUAGUACUCCGGACCCUAGGGUAAACGCAAUAUGUAAAGUGUUGGUCCCAUGUUUCAUGAGCUGAAAUAAAAGAUCCCAUACAUUUUC